AGGGUUCGAUUCCACAUGGACACCAAUAUUAUUUCAUGAAUGUCACUCUACUGAUGCUGAUACUAAUUUGUUGUGAGAGAAAAACAUUAUAUAUGAUUUAAAAAUAGUGCUAAUAAAUUCGAGCGAACCGAGACAUAUUGUUGCCGCUUCCCUUUCCACAACCCGCCACUAAGUACAAUCUAGCAAAGCCAUGGUCAGCUGCGUGGUGCUGCUCCACGAGACCUCCCCAUGGAGCGUGCUCGGUGGUGCGGCGGCAAUGUUGGCCCUGUGGUGGGCAAUGCAGGCGCUGGAGUGGGCCUGGUGGACUCCUCGGCGAAUAGAGCGAACCCUCAGGGCGCAGGGCCUAAGGGGCACCCGGUACCGCUUCCUGUGGGGCGACCUCAAGGAGGAGAGCCGGCUAACAGCGACAGCCCUGGCGAAGCCCGUGCACACGGACCGGCCCCAUGACAUCUUCCCACGUGUUUCCCCUCUCCUUCAUCGUGCCGUCGAGGAGCAUGGCAAACUCUCGUUCACGUGGUUCGGGACGACCCCAAGAAUUGCAAUCGCCGACCCUCAGCUGGCCCGGGAAGUUAUGUCGAACAAAGAUGGCUACUUCGUGAAAACAAAGAUAACCACUCGUGUCACGAAGCUUCUAUUUGCUGGGGUUGCGAUUCUUGACGCCGAGAAAUGGGCCAAGCAUAGGAAGAUUCUGAAUCCGGCCUUUCAUGCUGAGAAGCUCAAGAAAUGGAUGCAGGGGAUGUUGCCGGCGUUCUCUGCAGCUUGCAGCGAUCUAAUUUGUAGAUGGGACAACUUAGUUGCUGAUUCUGUCGGAACAAAAGAGCUGGAUGUAUGGCCUGAAUUCCAAAAUUUAUCAGGGGAUGUCAUAUCAAGAGCUGUUUUCGGUGUUAGCUACCAAGAAGGCAGGCGAAUUUUCCGACUUCAAGCUGAACAAGUUGUUCGCGUUACCAAUGCUUUCAAGACAAAUCACAUCCCAGGAUUCUCGUAUAUCACUUUACUACUCCAUAAUGCUUAUUCAGUACUAUCUACGAAUGUUUUAUUCCUGAAUCUAAAAAUCUCACAUUUACCUUUCUCAUCUGACAGUCUUUUACCGACAGAAAACAACAGAAGGAUGAAGGCUAUCGAUUGGGAGAUCAAGACGAUCCUAAGGGGAAUAAUAGAGAAGAGACAUGAGGCCAUGAAGAACGGUGAACCCAACAAAGAUGACUUGCUCGGCAUGCUAUUAGAGUCAAACAUGAAUUAUACAGAUUCAGACGGAAAAUCCAGCCGUGGGAUUACCCUAGAAGAAGUGAUCGAAGAAUGCAAGCUGUUCUACUUUGGAGGAACGGAGAGUACCGCGGUCCUGCUGACAUGGACAGUAGUAGUCCUAAGCAUGCAUCCCGAGUGGCAAGAUCAAGCCAGGGAUGAGGUUUUGGAAGUCUUUGGGCAAAACAACCCAGAUUUCAGUGGUGUUAGUCGUCUAAAAGUUGUGACCAUGGUGCUGUAUGAGGUGCUACGCCUUUAUCCUCCGGCGUUGUUUAUUAACCGUCGGACGCACAAGCAGACAGAGCUUGGAGGCGUCACGUACCCACCGGAUGUCAUGGUUCUGGUGCCCAUCAUGUUCAUCCACCGGGACCCUGCCCUCUGGGGGACUGACGCCGGCGAGUUCAACCCGAGGAGGUUCGCCGAGGGCGUGUCCAAGGCGUGCAGCGACCCGGGCGCCUUCAUCCCCUUCAGCUGGGGACCGCGCAUCUGCAUCGCCCAGAACUUCGCGCUGCUGGAGGCUAAGUUGGCCAUCAGCAUGAUCUUGCAGCGCUUCGCAUUUGAGCUGUCUCCGGCGUACGUUCACGCGCCCUGCAACGUCCUCACGCUCCACCCACAGCACGACGUUCUGAUUAGGCUACACCGACUCUAAUAGAAGACCAUUUUUUUGGUACCUCUUUAUAAAGGAAUUGCAUUUUGCACAAUGCAGGUGUCAGAGAUAAUGACAAUCAUACUAAUAUCUUGUGUAAAAGAUUCGCUUGAGCUUAUGUCUUCGCUUGAGCUUAUCUACCGAAUCUGUCAACCAUUGAGCAGUGUUUUUAUCUCGUAUAAGUAUCACCAGUCA